AUGGUAAUUGUAAGGGAUGCGCGGUCAGAAUUUUAUCACGAAGUCGUGGGAAAGCGUGUGCUUGUCUUUGUUUUGCCAGACAUUGAUGGGUUAUGCGCCUGGCGAAUUUUGAAGGAGCUGUUUGUCAGCCGCGAAGUACUGUACACCUUGUUGGUUGUCAGUGACAAGCGGGAGCUUUGCAAUUUCUACACAAAGAACAAGGAUGCCUAUCACGACAUAGUCCUACUCAACUGUGGUGCUAACUUCGAUGUUCUGGAAGUUUUGGAGCCUGAUACCGCUACAAUAUUUUAUAUAUGCGAUAGGUAUGCCAUCGUUGGUCAGACUUCACAAUUGUUGACCAAUUUGAUCAAUCGGGAGCACUACGUGGAUCAGCUGGACUAUCUACAAAGCCACGUCAGUCGGCUCGGCCAUGCAGGCAACCGUGCCAAUACCGCUUCUAGUGUAACAGAAGAGGGGAAGGCUAAAGUUGAGAUCGUGCUGGAAGACGAAUUGGCUCUAUGGUUAUACAAGCACUGGAGUUUGAAGGAAACGUUAGAAACCAGCAUGGUCACCGCUUCAAAGUUCAAACUUUUUACUGAAGGUGGGCAAAAGAAAAUGCAAGAGUUUCUUGUGCAUAUCGGGUUGAGCAGGCGCGACCUAUUUCUACCCUCCUUCACUGUCCAGUUGGGUUAUCGGACACCAGUUUCAGCCAUUGAUGCUGUAUUCCUCACGUUGUCUGCUUUGGAGUGUCACGGAGACGGCGACCCCAGUGUGAACUUCCAGCGGGCUUUGGACACAUUGUCCUGCUGGUCUCUCCCGUCCCUCGACAAUGAAAUCACUCGAGCCCAAGCUCAUCUGCAGAGUUUGGCCAGCCAGGUUCGAAAUCUCAUCGACACCGACGAGGUUGUUGCCUUCGGACCAUUCCUCUACGCGUAUCUACGUAAGGUAAUGCCAAUACAGUUCACGGUGUCUGCUUGUUUUCAGAGUUCUUUAGUCUCUAUCGCUCUACGCAACACACUUUCCUUGAGCAUCCUCUCCAAAUACAUCUUGAUGGCGAAGGCAGCUUUAAGACCCAAGCUGGGUCGGGAGCGUCGUGUUGUACAAAUGCCCCUGAUUUUUUGUGUCGAUAGUCGUGCAGAUGAAGAGAAUAUCACCCUAAUCGGUAUACCUCCACUCCAUGGGGAUGACGACCGAAACUUAUUUGGUCAGGCCUUCGAGGCCGCAGUGAGACGAACAAAGGCUAGAGCAGAAUUCUGCUAUUUUGAUACCAACUGUAUAGAACUCCACAGAGAAGAUAUGCUCAAGUUGUUUGAAGCAUUAGCUUCCCUUCUUAGUUGA